GACAGACCUCCCGGCUGUCCUUGUCCGUCACGAAGCGCUCGUCUCGGUCCUCGCUACCCUCAGCGUCACCCUCCAUGGAACUCAUGCUGGUGUGCUCUCCUCGACGAGGCUUCUGAACAGCGCAUUAGCCCAGACAAGGCAUUCUGAGCGGGUGCUCAAGCGUCUUGUAGCUCAAUGUCACUCCGCCCACCCGGAGAAGGGGUGGCGAGUCCGCGCUGGCAACAAGGCGAAACGAGCCUUUCUCCCGCAGCUCCUCAGCAACAACCCCACUGGCGCUUUUUCCCGCCUCCGUAUAGGAUCGACACACCCGGACCAAGCUACGGACACUCGCCAAUUCAGAGUCGAACAGAAUCGAGCCAUGCUCGUCAUUUCCAGUUUACGUCUCAGCUUGGACCACCUGCCGAGUUCAAUCCUGACGGUAGCGAAAAUGUCGAGUUCGCCCGGUACGCAUCAACAUUGCGGCUCAAAUCUCGUUGGGACGACAUAUUUGCUCGCUUCGAGGACGCCCACCUGGUUCCGCAGGAUGAGAUACAUCUCGGCUCGGGAGCUCGGCCACCCCGGCUCAUUCGAGACCGAGGGACAUUGAAAGGUAUCGCCAGCAAGCGAAUAGAGUUUGGCGCCUUCAUCAAAGACGAGGAGCUGAAUUAUGGAGAAGAGCGCUCACUCGAGCCGUGGGGCGAGGUGGACAGCGACGAGGACGAGAUCGGGAUCUGGGGCGCCAGUGCUGCCACUGCCAUCUUCCGCAGCGACUACAUCAAGCAGGAGGAUCAGAUGGGAUCAUGUCCCGAUGGCCGUGGCUACUGGCCGAGCGGUGAGCACGCAAGCGAUCCUCAUCUAGCGGAAUUCCUGGAAGCAGAGGCGCACAGAAGGGCUAUCAUGGGAGAUAUCGAUGAGGAUGAGCAGAACGCAAGCUCAGGGAGUGAUAGAGACAUUGACGGCGAUUCUGAUACCUCGAGGAAUGGCGUUUGGGAGGCCCAACGUCGAUUCUCGGAUGGCUACGAUGAAGAUUCCGGGGCGAGCAGCGUAGAAUACGAAAGCGACUACGACAACCAAAGGCGGCGUCGGCCCGUCAACUUGCCUUCAGCAAAGGUGGCUUCUCAGCAAGCAAGCUCCUCGUCGGAUGAGCUCGAUGUCCUCUCGGAUGACUCAGAUGGAUACGACUGGGACGAGGUGCUGUACGAGAAGCGAGCGAACGUGGAAAGAUUACUGCAGCCAUUCGACCGAAGAACAAAGCGAUUCAAAAUGGGCGAGCAGGGCAUAGGCGAGUCACUGCCUUAUGGCGAUCUUCCUGGCCUCGCAGAACUCCUGCAAUUUUGUCCGUCAGCGAGAACGCUGGCACCAAACCUCAGAUCACGCGCAAUCUGUCAACAAUCCACGUCUCUGUUGAUAGCCCCUGCUUCGGCACAUUCAGCAAAUUUGUCGGUAGAAUCGGGAACCUCCGCUCCACCGCCGGACGAGGAGCCCGAGCGCCGACGCAGCUCCAGAGCUCGAGCAAAGCCUUGCUACAACGUUCGGCGCGUCUUCGCUGACAUGUGGCCAGAGGGACAUUGCAAAACCCGAAGGAGAGAUGAAGGAUAUCCAGCAUCCCGUAAUCGAGAUGGUCAGAUGUCACGCGGUGACAUUGGUAGAGAGCUGGGACGGCAAUCGUCCAUGGGUACGGGUACAGCAUUGUCUUAUUCUAAACGCCGGCCAAGCUCCAGUGACGAUGACGACGAGACCGACGCCCGCGAAGCAGAAAGUCAAUUGCAGGUGAAAAGAAGUGGCGGAGCAAAGCGUCGAUCGCACCUUGAUGAGCAAAAGGCAAACAGCCAAGCAUACAGGUCUUUGAGCGUGCGCAGGCCACAACAAGCCGAGCAUCGAAGUGCGUCGCCCCACAGGGUUGUCGACCAGGCCUCGCAUCUAGAGCUCGAGCCGUGGCAAGCGCAGAUCGGCACUUACGCCACGCAGUCACAGAUGAAUGGAACAGAGUUGAGAGCGCCAACCUCGAGCUUGGGAGGCACUACCUCUGCAGCGCAGGAGCCUUCCUUUGAUCGCGACUCGAGCUCAGAUGAGGGGCGGAGCAGGAAGAAGCUCCGCAAUCAGCCGCCUGGGCCAAGGCAUGAUGCACCUGCACCUCAAUUGUCACCACGGGUCAUUCGCAAGUUUGCAUUCUCUUCGCCGCGUCCCAUGCAGAGGCGCGAGCAAUUAGCCGAAUCACCCAAGACGGCGCGUCGAGCGGUACGAGCUACCUCGAUGACACCCUCAAAAAUGAAACGCCAAUCAGCACCGCUGGAGCAAAUGUCGCUGGAUGUCGAUCGCUAUAUCAAGACCAUUGCAUUUCCAGCUUCAACAUCGACUGGCUGUGGAGCCGGGGGCGGUCGUUGCACAAAGGCGCUGUGUCUAUCUUGUGGCGGUAUCGGCAACAGAGAUACGCAGCCGGCGAUCGGACUCGAGUCUUGAGCGUAGAUCGGGCCUCGGUACGCGAGGAGAGUGGGGCUCGCUUCGAGGGUCUAAGAGGACUGUAGUGGUAACCAUGGUAGCAAAUCCAGCCCCAUCGGUCCACACUUUGCAUUUUGCGAGCUUUCGUAUCCGCGUUAAAAUGCGUUAUGAGUUCCUUUCAUCUUCUCUAAGUUAGCUCCAGCAGCUGGCUGCUUUUGCCUCCUAGCGGGUAGGUCUGGCGCCUCUGUUUGCGUUUGCACACCAAUUUGCGCGCCUUUCAAAAGGCAUUCUCAUUCAUCCAUACCCCUAUCUAGAAGCACUCAAUUGGGCAGCUGGAGC